CGCCGCCUGCCUGGCCCGCGCCUUCCCCGGGGCCGCGGCGGGGCCGCGCCGCCUCCAUCGCCGCCUAUUUCGGGGCAGAGGCGGCGGGGCCGCUCGGGCGGGCGGCAGCUCCGGUCUGAGGCUUGGAUUUGCUCUGGAAGUAACAGAGCAGCUGCUGCCUCACUCUGUCUACAAGCAACUUUUAAUCUAGGAGUGUUAUUACAAUCGGGGAAAAAAAGGUGAGGAGCUGUGACAGGUGUGAAAUAUCCCAGCCUUAGAAACCUGAGGGAAGACUAUGCUUCUAUAAUCAAUAUAAAGGAGACAAGUAUCUCCAUACCUACCAGGGAACGGGAGACUUUGCUCUGAAGUAACUGAUAAACAAGUGUAAAGCAUGAGGAUCAACUCUGCUAUUCAGGCUGCUAUUGACCUCACAGCAGGUGCUGCAGGUGGGACAGCCUGCGUGGUGACUGGCCAGCCCUUUGACACUGCAAAGGUGAAGAUGCAGACAUUCCCCAGCAUGUACAAAGGACUUGUGGACUGCUUUGUGAAAACCUAUAAGCAAGUGGGGUUUCGAGGCUUCUACAAGGGAACCACACCAGCACUUGUAGCCAACAUCGCAGAGAACUCCGUUCUGUUCAUGUGCUAUGGAUUUUGCCAACAAAUCGUGAGAAGGAUUGUUGGAGUAGACAGGAAAACAAAGCUCAGUGAUCUACAGAAUGCUGCUGCAGGCUCCUUUGCCUCUGCCUUUGCCACCCUUGUCCUCUGUCCCACAGAGCUGGUGAAGUGCCGGCUACAGGCCAUGCAUGAAAUGCAGUUGUCAGGAAAGAUAAUCCAGGGCCAUAAUACAGUUUGGUCAGUGGUGAAAGGUGUCAUCCAAAAGGAUGGUCCCUUGGGAUUUUAUCGUGGCCUGUCAAGCACUUUGCUGCGGGAAGUCCCAGGCUAUUUCUUCUUCUUUGGAGGGUAUGAACUGAGCCGGACAUUCUUUGCCUCUGGGAGAUCAAAAGAUGAAUUAGGUCCCAUUCCUUUGUUASUAAGUGGAGGUUUUGGAGGCAGCUGUCUGUGGAUUGCUGUGUAUCCUGUGGACUGUGUCAAAUCUAGGAUUCAGGUUCUUUCAAUGGCUGGAAAACAGACAGGCUUUAUGGGAACGUUUGUAACUGUUGUGAGAACUGAAGGUGUACUUGCCUUGUAUUCUGGACUAACACCAACUAUGAUCCGUGCAUUUGUGGCCAAUGGGGCACUGUUCCUUGCCUACGAAUAUAGCCGGAAACUUAUGAUGAAACAAAUAGAUUCUUACUGAUACCUUMUAGCAGAUGAAGAACAAGAGAUUGUUUAAGGGUCAUUUAAAUAAAUGAUGAAAAACACAUAGAUCACAUGAUGGUCUGAGCAGAACCAAAUCAGUGACCUAAUUUUAGGAACUCAGCUCCUGUCUAGGAUUUGUAAUUUUUUUAAAAACAGGUGAUUUGAUGGAGGUGUUUACAUGUCGCUUGAAUUGCAGAAGCAGAACUAUCUCCAUCUUACACAUUCUGCACUAGGUACAUUGCACAUCAUAAAUGUCUUUCCUGACCUGUAAUGGUGCUAAAAAGAUUUACGUUGACCUGUAGGGUUUAAUGUAAUAUGCAACAGUAGGUUGUGAUUUGUCUAUGGCAAAGCACUGGUUUUAAAACUGCUGCAGUGCUGACCUUUUGCAGUUGUUGCCGGUGUCUGACUCAAAAUAACAUCAGUCUUAUCUAAUCUUGUUGAUUAUAGAUUACUUGGACAUAUCCCUCACCUAGGGAGACCUUUCCUUCUCCAGCUAGGCCAUGUCCUUCUCCACCUCUUUGCUGCUCUAUGACUUGCCAAGAUCAUGGCAGAGGGUGUCUGACUUACAUACACUAUCCUAGUGAAUGGGUUUGAAGUUAAAAAUUUGCUAACCGAUUAAAAAUAGGAAACGUUCAUCCCCUACCUUCUAUGACUCAGAGCCUGAGAUAUGCCUGCAUUUUUGAUAAAAGAAGCACAGUAACAAUAAGGAGGCUAUGCAGGAUUUUAUUAUUUUCUAAAUGGAGUAUGCUAAGCACCACUUAACAUAAGGGACGCUGCUGGAAAUAGCUGCUGGCUUUGAGCACAGAAUUGUAACUUUGUGCAGGUUCUUGCCUAAGUCACCUUGGCAUGAAUGAGGCCACAUGCUGGAAGGACAGGAAGCUGAAGAGGAACAGAAAGCCAGAACUGAGUUGGUAAAGGCAAUUGACACCAUGGUCUCUAGCGUAGCAGAGUCUUUUUGGGACUGGAGUCUUGGCAYUUGCUGUGCCUCUUCAGCUGAGUGAAAAAAGCUCAUAUGACUGGAAAGCCUGUAUCACGUUCAGGCCUGGAGGGCAUGCCCGCCUGGUCAUAUUACUUGAUUAAAUAUGCAGUUMGUCAGUAUUACCCAAAAUGAUGCAGUGACACCUCUUUCCCAAUGCCAUUUUUGUUCUUCAAGUAGAAUAUUCUUGUAAACAUGCUCUGCCUUGUAGGAAGCAGCUACUGCCUUAUCCUUGAAUAAGUCAAAGCAGGUCUUAGAACGGCACAAACUUGGCCUGUAGUUGUACAGAGAUGCUGCCUGGAUGCUGCAAGUGCAACCUCCCAGUAUGGGGGGCACAGACAGAGGACUUUGACCCACUAAGAUCAUCACAGCUACAUAGAGAGUAGCAACUUGUCACAGCAACCACAUUUGUCAGUGACAGAUAACAUUCAAAUGAGUUGGAACAGCCUAGUUUUGCAUAGUACAGCUUCCCUUCCAGAUCCCAUAAACAAAAACAAACUUUGAGUGUAGAUGAAAUCACCUCAAUACCUGCAAUCUCUUGCAGUAGAAUCAGAGUGCACUUAAACUGGCUCAUUCCUUGCAUUGUUGCAGACUCUUUGAUGGUAGGUUGUUGCUGCAGUUCCACAAAAUCUUGCUCCUCAGCCUCCAAGUGCAGAAGGAACAAUUGAUCCCCCUUUCACACACCAUGAGAAAAGGCAGUUAARGCAGGGCAUAGGUGAAGAAUCUUCAGUGUCUAUUAUACCAAUUCACUUUGAUUGACUGGUACACACAAGGGGCAGCAAUACUCURCACUGCCAGUACUUGAAAAGGAAUUUAUAUCAAAUGUUUAAAUCAUUCAGGGAGGAGGAUGAGGCUUUAAGAGUUGUUAGACUUCCCGUCUUUUCAAAGUUGUCUAGCUAAGAGAAAUAGUAUAUUUGUACAUGUUUCUAGUAGUCAUUAAAAGGUGACGACUGACUCCACAUCAGCAAAAUACUUCAAUCUAUUUCUUAGAUUUGUCUUUGCUUUCAUUUUUUAAAGCUCAUGGUUGCAGUUUUUAAUACAAAAGUUGAAGCUUCAAGAGAAGCAGGAUAUUUAAAACAACCUAUAGCAAGAAGCUGGUGGCAUUUUUGAGAGUUUACCUUCUGAAGUUAAUGUAAGCAGUAAUUUUUCCAUUCAGAGCUGCUUAAGCUGUACACAUGUAUCAGCUGUCCAGCUAAAAACUUCAUAAUGUUGGUAUAGGAAUUCACAGAAAUAAAGUUUCAUUUGAUUAA